CCUCUCACCUCUUCAGUCCUCACCGCACACCAAAACAACAAACACAAACCAAGGAGAAAGAAACGAAUCUAAUUGGAGAUUAGCAAAUGGCAGGUGAGAAGAAUGCUGGCCUGGUGUUGCUGGACUUCUGGGUGAGCCCUUUCGGGCAGCGUUGCCGUAUCGCCCUUGCGGAGAAAGGCCUCCCCUACGAGUAUGUUGAAGAGAACAUCAUGGCCGUCAAGAGCGACCGCCUCCUCCGCUCCAACCCGGUCUACAAGCAGAUUCCCGUCCUCCUCCACGACGGUCGCACCUUCAUUGAGUCCCUCAUCAUCCUCCAGUACCUCGACGAGUUUUUUCCUGACACCCACCCCCUCCUUCCCGCCGACCCUUCUUACGAACGCGCACAUGCCCGCUUCUGGGCCGACUACGUCGAUAAGAAGGUAUACGGAUCUGGCUCGAAGAUGUAUACAGAGCCGCAGAUGCAGACUAACAAAGAGAUGGUGGAGAUUUUGAAGACACUAGAAGGGGAGCUUGCGGAGAAGGAAUUCUUUGGAGGGGAGCAUGGCUUCGGGUUCGUGGAUGUCGCGCUCAUACCAUUCACCGCUUGGUUUGAGAGUUUUGAUAAGUACUGGGGGAUCAAAGUAGCAGAAGUGGCACCCAAGCUUGUAGCGUGGGCAGCACGAUGCCUAGAGAGGGAGAGUGUCUCCAAUAGCCUCUACUCACCACAGAAGGUGUACGAGUUCGCCGGCAUGAUGAGGAAGGACUUCGGCAACGAGUGAGUAGGACAUGUCGUGAUCAAACAAGCAAUGUAAUAAAUGCUGAAUUUAUGUCUUUCUUCGUGAAUCAAUAGAUGCUUCCCUCGAUUUGGAAUAUGUAUAGUAGAAGGUUUGAUCAAUUACAUACGUAAUAAAGAUUAGUAUUUCAUUUUCA